AAGCACCCUCCGCCGCACCGCACCAGCAUGCCGCUCCUCACCGCGCUGCUCCUGCUGCGUGCGCCGGCCAACGCGUCGUCGAGCGUGGGCAGCAGUGCCGCCGCAAGCGCGUCGCGCUCCGGCUCCGCCACGGCCUCGCUCGCAAGCGCAUCGGCCACGGCCACCGCCUCGGGCGCCGCAGCGACGGCCUCCAGCUCCAGCGUCGUCGUCGUCGUCGCCGCGGGCCACAACAGCGAGGGCACGCUCGUGCUCAACGAGCAGGGCGAGUUCAACGGCUCGUGCAGCGUCAUUGCCAGCAGCGUGCCCGACGCCGCCGAGGGCAGCUGCGCCGGAUACAUCCAGGACGUGACGAGCUACUGCUGCGCAGCCGUCGGAGGCAACCUGACGCAGAUUGCGCUGCCCGACGGGACCGGCUCGCCCGAGGGUGUGAUGGGCACCGAGUGCGAAAGCUCGGCAUAUGUCGACAUGCUGCAGUGCUUCCAGUACACGUCGCAGAACCACUGCUCGCACACGGCGCUGGGACCGUACGGCAUCUGCAAUCCCGCCGCCUCGCAGAAGGACACGUCGCGCUCGCUGCAGAGCAACAGCGGCAGCACGAGCAGCGCACACAAGCUGCGCUCGCCGGGCCGCAUCGAGAGCGCAUUGACCCUGGCGGUGCUUGCUGGUGGCGUCGCGCUGCUGAUGCAAUAACCCCGGCUCCCCGCCCGCCUCGUUCACGCCGCCACGACCCUCUCCACGCCCAGCCUGCAUACUCAUACCCCCCGGACUUCCACCUCACUGCUCUGCGCGCCCUCUUCCUGCCUUCGCCGCCUCUUUCACCUGUUAAUUAGCACGUCUUGCA